AUGCUUCGCUCCCUUACCCGCGCUGCUCGCCCCGCCGCCAUCGCCUUGGCCCGUAGCUCCCCCGUGGCUCGCGCCAACGUCGGUGCUUUCUCGGCCAUCCGCAACUACGCUACCGCCAAGCCUGCCACCUCUGAGGUCACCUCCAUCCUCGAGGACCGCAUUAGCGGCCUCAACUCCUCCGUCGAUAUCCAGGAGACCGGCCGUGUCUUGUCCAUUGGAGAUGGUAUUGCCCGUGUCUACGGUUUGAAGAACUGCCAGGCCGAGGAGAUGGUUGAGUUCUCCAGCGGUGUCAAGGGUAUGGCCAUGAACUUGGAGGCCGACAACGUCGGUAUUGUCGUCUUCGGUAACGAUCGUCUCAUUCGCGAGGGUGAUACCGUCAAGCGUACCGGUAACAUUGUCGAUCUCCCCGUCGGUGAGGCUCUUUUGGGCCGUGUCAUCGAUGCCCUCGGUAACCCCAUCGAUGGAAAGGGCCCCAUCGCCGCCUCUGAGCGUCGCCGUGCCCAGGUCAAGGCCCCCGGUAUUCUCCCCCGUGAGUCCGUCCGUGAGCCCAUGUUGACUGGUAUCAAGUGCAUUGACUCCAUGGUCCCCGUCGGUCGUGGUCAGCGUGAGUUGAUUAUUGGUGAUCGUCAGACCGGAAAGACCUCCGUCGCCCUCGACACCAUUCUUAACCAGAAGAAGUGGAACGAUGGCACUGAGGAGUCCAAGAAGUUGUACUGUGUCUACGUCGCCGUUGGUCAGAAGCGUUCCACCGUCGCUCAGUUCGUCCAGACCCUCGAGGAGAACGAUGCCAUGAAGUACUCCGUCGUCGUCGCUGCCACCGCCUCCGAGGCCGCCCCUCUUCAGUACCUCGCUCCCUUCUCUGGAUGCGCUGUCGGAGAGUACUUCCGUGACAACGGCAAGCACGCUUUGAUCGUCUUCGACGAUUUGUCCAAGCAGGCCGUCGCCUACCGUCAGAUGUCUCUUUUGCUUCGUCGUCCCCCAGGUCGUGAGGCUUACCCCGGUGAUGUCUUCUACCUUCACUCCCGUCUUUUGGAGCGUUCCGCCAAGAUGAACCGCAAGCUCGGUGGUGGUUCCAUGACCGCUCUCCCCAUUAUUGAGACCCAGGGAGGAGAUGUCUCUGCCUACAUUCCCACCAACGUCAUUUCCAUUACCGAUGGUCAGAUCUUCUUGGAGGCUGAGUUGUUCUUCAAGGGUAUCCGUCCCGCCAUUAACGUCGGUCUUUCCGUCUCCCGUGUCGGAUCCCACGCCCAGACCAAGUCGAUGAAGAAGAUUGCUGGUUCCAUGAAGUUGUACCUCGCCCAGUACCGUGAGGUCGCUGCCUUCGCCCAGUUCGGUUCCGAUUUGGAUGCCUCGACCCAGUUCUUGCUGAACCGUGGUGCCCGUCUUACCGAGUUGCUCAAGCAGCCCCAGUACAAGCCUCUCCCCCUUGAGCACCAGGUUGCCAUCGUUUUCGCCGGUGUCAACGGAUUCCUCGACAAGAUCCCCGUCAACCGUGUCGGCGAGUACGAGCGUGCCUUCAUCCCCCACUUGAUCUCCAACCACAAGGAGCUCCUCGAGGAGAUCCGCAAGUCUGGUGAUUUGAGCACCGAGUCCUUUGCUCAGCUUAAGGAUAUCACCACCGAGUUCACCAAGAACUUCUAA